UAAAAUGGAUCUGCUGAAACCCCGAACCGUGCCCCUCUCGGAGGAAACCAUACUGUGGUUCGAGUUUCUCCUGAAACCGGCUCUCCUGACGAAGCAUCUAAACAAACCUAAUCCCGACCCGUCACCGACCGAUCUGAUAAUCCAGUUCCUAUCGAUUACUCCGGAGGGUCAAAACCCGCACGACGUUAGCACCACCCCACCCGAUCCCGAAACGAGCGGCCCACAAAAAUCGGACGGUCUGCGGUACACGAAGAAACAGCUGGCACUGAAGGUGCUCGCCCUCAAGGUGGCCGCCUUCAUCCGAUGGGACUUGGAUCAGCUCGAGCGAAGCCUUACGGUGGCCCGCCAGGUACAGCUACUGGGCGAUUUGUGCAGCAUUAUGGCGGGCAAGAUGGUCACGUUGCCACUGUCACUCGUGCACGAGUCCCCCACGGUCGCUGUGGACGGACCCAAGCAUGCCCUAACGUUCGCGCUUACCCUGUACCACCGCUGGGUUCUGCGGGCCCAGGUGCUCCGUGCGGCGGUCAUAAAGAACACAAAACCCUUCAACAACCACACUCAAACGGUAACGGAAUCGGUCAGCUUUACGCUGCGCGAUGAAUCGUCCAUUUCGGCACUCGAACCGUUUACGCAGCUUAGCAUCGACUUUCUGAACCAACUUCUGCAAGAACCGCACACGUUUCGUGUGCUAACGUACGAUUCCUUUGUACCGCUCGAUUCGAACAUCGACAACACACAGCAGCGCUUCGAGGCAGCCCUGGCCAUACGGGCGUGUGAACUGCGUGCCCAGAUUCACUACGAUCUUUGCAUGUACUAUCUGUUCGUGCAGCGGUACGAGCUUGCCCGCCAGCAUGUGCUGCUGUGUAAGGAAAACUACACCCAAUGGCAGCGGGAAAAAGGUGCUGGCCGGGGUGGACCACCGCUGUACUGUACGGUCGAUGGGGACGCUCUGCAAGGUUACCUGCUCGCGUGUGGCGUAACGGGAGAACCGGACGGGUUGUUACAGCGUUUGCACGAAUCCAUCCUCAACCACUACUCCGACAUCGUGGUCAUUCUGAAGGAGGACAACAUCCGGCGCGAGAUACCGAUGACCCAGCGCAAGCUGCUCGAGCUAAACAUCGAAGGGUACAAUGCAAUAGGCAGCACCGACGGUAACCCGGUCGAACAGAAGGAGCUCGAGUUGGCGGUGGUGGCACUUAACAUCAUCCGGUAUGUGAUGGACGGCGAGAACAUCCUGAGCUGCAACGUGGCGCUGCAAAAGUACAAACACGAGCAACCGAAACUGAUCGAAUCGUUGUUCCAGUACGCGGACGAACAGUACGAUCAGUUCGCCGAGGAGGAUCGUACACUGUUGCGGCGAUACUUUUUCGACAUCGUAACACUGUACGGGGCGGAACUGGGAAGUGCAAUCGAGGGGUUCGUUCGAACCUACCCGAGGGUGGUGUCGGAACAGGAACUACAGGACUAUCGCCAGCAGCGCUCCGAACCCGACACGCAGCUGUCCGGAAUUGCUGUUCAGAACGAUUGGACCAUUCCGGAAACGAAGAAUGUUCGACUUGAAGUGGGACAGCUAGAACGGCAACUGAUAUCGUGCACCUCGGCCAACGCCGUCCGCAAGCUCCUGGUGAAACUGGCCGGCACCAAUCCCUCGAAGCCACUGUUCACCAUCAACCCGAGCUGGUCUAUCCCGUACGCCCUGGAGCAGAUCCUGAUUCCUCUGCAACGCGGUUUCCUGCAGGACUUUGCGUACAUUCUGAUCGGAAAAGCACACGAACUGGCCGCACGGAAAGACUACGCCACCGCGCUUACGUUGCUGACGGUGUUGAAGAACGAAACCCAGCGUCCCGAACUGGCAGGCAAUCCGUUGGUGACUAAGCUGGGAAAGAUGGUGUCCUGGGAGGGACUGUACAUUCAGAUCCAGCAAGUACUGGCCGAGUGGCCGCGCAAACCGGCGGACCAGCAGCAACUGAUACGCAGCUGCAAGCAGUGCCUGAACACGAUCAUCGGUAGCAACGCAAGCACCGAUCUGAUUCCGCAUGCCAAGGUGCUCGAACAUUGCGCGGCACUGCUGUUGAACUUCAACGAAUGGAACGCACUGCUCCUGCAGCCCGACAAGCGGUUCCCCGGUAUUGAACUGUGUUCUGCCCUCACGCAAGCGUUCCUCGAUAUCGAAAAGUUCAAGGGCACCAAAAAGACAAACCGCGAAGCGUGGGAACUGGUGCUGCCGAUGUUUUUGAAUGCACCCGGCUCACGCCAACGGCAGCUAGCACCGGACAGUCCGCUCGUGCUGUUGAUCGCGAAACUGCGCGAUCCGCUCGUCAUCUCGAUUAUGCUCUCGCUGCUGGCCAAGCUGCACAACGUCGUGAAGGAUGAAACGAACUUUGACAUGAACGCGGAGUACAUGUUCCUGUGGCCAGCGAACGUUAACAACACAUCGGUCUACAAUCUGAAGCUGGUGGCCGAAGCACUCAAUUUGCUGCUCAACCAGGCCCUCAAGUAUUACCCGAACAACAUUCCCUGGAUCAAGCUAAAAGGGGACGUGGAGUAUGUGAGCAACAACUACGAGGCCGCGAUGCGCUUCUACGUGACGGCCCUCAUCUCCGGCACGGAGUACUGUACGGUGCAUCUGCAGCGGCCACUGUUUGACGAUUUCCUCAUCCGACGCAUGAUCAAGUGUAGCUCGAGUCUCGGUUGCUUCGUACAGGCGGCCGUCCUGUGCCAGUUUUUCGACGAACCCGACUACGGCCUGGCGUUCAAAAGUAUCAGCGAGAAGUCGUCCAGCUACGCGGACGCGAUGGACUCGUACUAUAGCUGCAUCUGGGACCCCACGCUGCUCGAGUUCAUCGUCAACUGGCACUACAAGAAGGGCGAGCACAAGCGGCGCCUGCAAACGAUUGCAUUCCUCGGACAGCUGGAGCUGAAUGCCAAUAACAACGAAGAAAUCAAACGGGAGGCUGCCGCCGUACGAAAGAACCGUUUCCUGCGGUCCCUCGCCAAGCAGUACAUGUGUUAA